GGACACAAUACGGAAGUGCGUGUCUGUGAGCAUAAACAACUCAUCUGGAGCGAAAGAGAAAUUGAACUUUAUCGCAUUUUUUGGUUACUGCUGAACAGCGUUUAUUACUAUUACCGUAUCAAUGGGGUUAUAGACAGUACUGAAAAGAUUAGGAGAGAGGGAACUGAUUUUCCCAUUUAGACAAGACAGAAAAACUAGCUUUUGUUCAGAACGCUGUUUUCUAGAAGAAAACGUCAAAGCGACAAUGAGACCCGUCUGUGAAAUGAAAGAAGAGAUGGAUAUCUGCGCAUCCUCCGCGUCUCUCCUUGAGGAAGAACUCGCCUCUGCUAUCGAGCCUGCAGUGAAAGCGGCUGUGCUGAGCGUCAUGUCUGCGUUAGCAAAGUUCGUGGACAGUAAAUGUGCAGUUUUCAAUCUCAGACUGGACCAAAGAGACCAAGAAUUUGAAAGCGUGAGAUUGCGAUUGGAAAUAGCGGAGAGCGAGUUGAAAGCAAUGCGAGACGGAGAAUACACGAACACUGCCGAGAAAAACUUCACCCAAUCUCUCACAAACACUGACACACAAUACCACGGGAGCGACAUCACCACAGACAUGACUGAAUCAAGUUCGUAUUGCUUUCCAUGUGAGGAAUUGCUUGAAGUACUUACAAACACAAGUCCUGCAGAGAGAAAUGCUCUCCCUCAUGCUGAGGAAGGGUCGAAGGCAGAAUCAGUUCCCAUUCAAGAGGAGCUCUUUGACCAGGAAUGGUGCAGGAGUCCAGAGCAGGCUACAGAGCUGACAUCUAUUGAAGGGGAGGAGGAGACACCUGCACUAGAUCCUGUCCACAUUAAUGAAGAGAUCCCUGGAAUUGAACCAGUCAUCAUUAAAGAGGAGGUUCUUGAACUUGAAUCUGACCCCAUUGAACAGGGGGGUUCUGACCACUUUGAAAGACAGCAGCAAAUUCACAUGGGAGAGAAACUGCAUCUCUGUAAUGUGUGUGGGAAGAGUCUCAGUACAUCAACAGAGCUGAAAAGCCACCAGUGCAUUCACAUAGGGAGGAAAGAGUAUCGCUGCAUUGAAUGUGGGAAAAGUUAUAAAUAUUCAAACCACCUUAAAAAACACCAGCGGACACACACAGGAGAGAAGCCGUAUUGCUGCAGUGAUUGUAGUAAGAGAUUUGUUUCAUCAGAACAGUUGAAAAGACACCAGCGAACUCACACAGGAGAGAAGCCGUAUCACUGUGCGCAAUGUGGCAAGAGUUUUACUCAGAUAGGAAACUUGAAAUUACACCAGCGAAUUCACACAGGAGAGAAACCGUAUUGCUGCGGUGAAUGUGGAAAGUGUUUCACACAGUUACAGCACCUCAAGAGCCACCAGCGAAUUCACACAGGAAAGAAUUUACAGACUGCGAGUUUUACAGUUGAGACGUCUUCACUUCACCAGAGUAUAAACGAACUCAGCGUGUUUAUGAGACGCGUCUGUGAAAUGAAAGAAGAGAUGGAUAUCUGCGCAUCCUCCGCGUCUCUCCUUGAGGAAGAACUCGCCUCUGCUAUCGAGCCUGCAGUGAAAGCGGCUGUGCUGAGCGUCAUGUCUGCGUUAGCAAAGUUCGUGGACAGUAAAUGUGCAGUUUUCAAUCUCAGACUGGACGAAAGAGACCAAGAAUUUGAAAGCGUGAGAUUGCGAUUGGAAAUAGCGGAGAGCGAGUUGAAAGCGGUAAGCGAACGAGAAUACACGAACACUGCCGAGAACGCCACACAGUCUGUCACGAACACCAACGAACAGCACAUUGAUCUCAUUCAUCUACCGACAAGGCAGAAGGAAAGGCACCGGGUGAAACGCGUUUCAUUUUACACUGAGGAUGAAUCUGUAAAUCACGAAUUCAACGACAGUAUUAUUGCUCACGGGCUGCCGGCGCGGGAUUUCUCUAAUCUUCCAGUUCAGCCAGUCAGGGAUCCGGUGCCUGCAGUCCACACCGCACUGAAAAGCUCCCGGGUUUUAAUCCAGGAGGAUGGAAGCUAUUCCGAGCAGGACCUGCUGAUGCGAGGUGAUGACUCUGAACAGAGAGACCACACAAGCACAGCGGGGUGGAGAAGAGCACUGAAAGGUCCUGCAGAGAGAAAUGCUCUCCCUCAUGCUGAGGAAGGGUCGAAGGCAGAAUCAGUUCCCAUUCAAGAGGAGCUUUUUGACCAGGAAUGGUGCAGGAGUCCAGAGCAGGCUAUAGAGCUGACAUCUAUUGAAGGGGAGGAGGAGACAUCUGCACUAGAUCCUGUCCACAUUAAUGAAGAGAUCCCUGGAAUUGAACCGGUCAUCAUUAAAGAGGAGGUUCUUGAACAUGAGUGUGACCCCAUUGAAGAGGGGGGUUCUGACCACUUUGAAAGACAGCAGCAAAUUAACACAGGAGAGAAACUGCAUCUCUGUACUGUUUGUGGGAAGAGUCUCAGUACAUCAACAGAGCUGAAAAGACACCACCGAAUUCACACAGGAGAAAGACCGUACUGCUGCACUGAAUGUGGAAAGACUUUCAAUACCUCUACAGAUCUGAAAAGACACCGUCGCAUUCACACAGGAGAGAAGCCGUAUUCCUGCACUCAGUGUGAGAAGAGUUUCAAACAGUUGCAACAUCUUAAAACACACCAGCAAAUUCACUAUGGAAAGAAGCUGUAUCACUGUAGUGGAUGUGAGAAGAGUUUCACUCAGUUAGGAACCCUGACAUUGCAUCAGCGAAUCCACACAGGAGGGAAGCUGUAUCGCUGCACUGACUGUGCAAAGGAUUUCAAUACAGCAGGAGAGCUCAAAAUACACCAGAGAUCUCACACAGGAAAGAAACCGUAUCGCUGCACCGAGUGUGAGAAGUGUUUCAAACAAGUAUCCCACCUUAAAGCCCACCAGCGAAUUCACACAGGAGAGAAACAGUAUCAUUGUUCUGACUGUGAAAAGAGUUUCAUUCUGUCUACAGACCUGAAAAGACAUCAGCGAAUUCACACAGGAGAGAAGCCGUAUAGCUGUGAUCACUGUGGGAAGAGAUUCAAUCGGGCAGGAAAUCUGGUGUCACACCUUCGAGUUCACAGAGGGAAGCAGUCGACUCACUGCGCUCAAUAAGAGAGAUGUUAUUUUCCACUCCCAGUUGUAAAAGCACACAGUAUCCAGACACUUCACUAGGAACAGUAGCACUGUGCCUCCAUCACAAGAUGACUCAGACUAGUGGAAGCGGACAGUAUAUAACACCCUGAGAUGCAAUUGGUCUUUUUGAUCCAUUUGUCAAAAUGAACUUGUCUUCUGAUCCCUGAUUGUCUGAGUUAUUAAAAUGUAAAUCCUGGGAAGGACUUGUCUGAUUUUUUGCAUGGAUGUAUAUUAUAGUUUCAUGAAUACAAGCUUCAUUUAAUUCAUACUUACAGAGCCUGUCUGUCAGAUUCCUGUUGCUCUACAUUGUACAGAUAAGAAAGUUCAAUUACAUUAAUAAAAGCCCCAUUAAAUAGUA